AUGAAUGGUACCCGCAAAGAGUAUUCAUCGACGACUUCCUCCCCUCCCGCGGCCUGCACGGGACCUACCUGGCCGUCCAAGGAGCGCGCUCGGCUCGGUAAUAUCGUCGACCCGAGGAAGCUGCGGGACGAGCCGUCCAUCGCGCUGCCGACGCGGACCCGGGCGCGGGAGUGGGCAGCCGAGAACGGGCUGGCGCCGACCCUGUGCUUCUACUUCGUAUGCGCCCUGUAA